AUGGCUAAGAAGCCCCUCACCUCGGCUCCACCAUUCACCCAACCUCCAGCCACUCCUCCGGCCAACUCCCUCAGCAACCCUCCUCAGGCCAAUAACCAGCGGAGAUCACCAGCUCCAGCAACACACCCAGCACAGCUACGCCAAAUCCAGUGCGGCCACCCACACUCCAUCACUGUCGCAGCCACGUCUGUUGCUGCAACAAACCAGCACCACGGUGAUACCCCUGCUCCCUACGGAUCCUGUUUCAGACCACCAGAACACCAGGCAGUUGCCAGCCACGGCCUGCUCCAGGCCACUGCGUCUUCGUUGCUUACGGCCACGACCCCAUCACCGGCUGUUCCUACUCGCCAGCAACAAUACCUCCAGGAACCCCAUCAAUCUCUGCAACUCUCGGCCACCUCCGGCCACGCACAGCACCGACCCCCUCUCUGGUUUCUUUUAUUUGCAGUGGUUCUUCUCACAGCACACAAGGGGGGCGCUGCACACAGGAGCAGCAGCGGAGAAACACUGAAAAAAAAAAAAACUGUUUCUUUUCUCAUCAUCCGCAAGCCCAGACCUGAGGAAGCCCGUCUUCUUCUUCAUCCUCCACCCAUCUCCAUUCUCCUCUCCGCCCCUCAAUCUCACCCUCUCCCUGCAACUGCCAGAGAUCCUUCACAACCAUUCCCUGCUCACCAUCCGACCAUCACAGCAGACAGCAAACCAGCCCACAACUCGACGGAUAGCAACCCAGCCACCAUCCAUCCUCUGCAGCGAACCACACCAUCAACUCCGGCGUUCCACCUCGCGAAGCAGCUCUCCGCCAAAACAGCAAAGCCAACAGAAUUCUCAGCAAUCACUCCGGCAAGGCUCACCACCCCGAGCCCAAUCUCUCCCGCCUCCUGCCACGCACGGCAACCCAGCAGCCGCCGCCGUCGCCGUCAGUCCCACCACUCGCCGUUUCCGUCGUCACCGCCUCGUCGCCCAUCCUCCGACCUCUAG